CACUAGCAUUGCAUUCACACGGAGACCUCGUCUAGAAACUAAAUUUUACGACUUCUGUUCUGUAUACAAAUCUGCCAUAUUCCCGACUCUUCCACACACCCGACAUGAGCUCUUCCAUGCGCGCCCCGAGACUGCUCCAGCGGCUGUCCGUCCCGCGCCCAGCAGCCGGUCCUUCGCGGCCAUUGCUGUCCAGAGCCUCCCAAGCCCGCCAGACAUGCUGUACACUCUGCCAAUUCCGAUCGCAGACCUCUCCUCGCCACUACACAACGAUGUACCAACAAACGCGACGCCUAACCACCACCGCACCCACCGCAUCCCCCGCACAAAACACCAACACCAAAGAAGACAUCCACGCAACCACAUCCACCCCCACCCCCGACAUAACAAACUACUACACAAUGUUCCCGAACACCAUUCCAUCCGGCCCACCCCCCGCCUCCCCCUUCGCGAUCCCCAUCGCCGACCUCCGCCGCGAAUUCCUCAGCCUCCAAAACGUAAUCCACCCCGACAAAUACCCGCAAGGCGCCGAGAAGCAGCGCGCAGAGGCCCUCUCAGCGCGCACCAACGAAGCCUUCCGCACGCUGGCGGACCCGCUCUCGCGCGCGCAGUACCUCCUGCGCGAGAUGCACGGCAUCGACGUCACUGCUGAGGACGGCGCGUCGAAGCAUGCGCUUGAUCCUGAGACGCUGAUGGAGGUGAUGGAGGUGCAGGAGACGAUUGAGGAGGUGGGGACGGCGCCUGAUGCGGAGGGGACGAUUGUGCAGAUGAAGAAGGAGAAUGAUGAGCGGGUGAGGGAUUGUGUGGAGGCGCUUGGGGAGGCGUUUGAUAGGGGCGAUGUGGAGACUGCGAGGAAGGAGUGUGUGCGGUUGCGGUUUUGGUAUAGUGUUGGGCAGGGAUUGCAUGAGUGGGAGCCGGGGAUGACGGAGAUUAGACUCGUUCAUUAGGUUUGAUGUGGUAGUUUUGGAUAAUGUGGUUGUUUAGAUGGGGUGCAUGUAUAGAUUAGGAUGUUGGAUUUUGCAUGUAUGUAUGACUUCUUUCUCUUACAAUGUAGUCAAUAUAGAGCGUGCAGUC